GUGUAUACCUGCGCGGGGCGUUGCCGGCUGAGCUUUGGCGCCCGAUGCGAGCGUGCGGAGGUCGAUCCAUAUACGGCCGAGGGCAUGCGCAGACUUUCUGUCCACAGUGGGGCAGCCGGGCAGCCGAAAAUCGGUGCCGCACGCACGGCCGACGCGCGCGGGUGACGCACGGCUAGCAGCACUAUCAACGAUGCCGCGCCGUACCUUCUGGCAGCGCGUGAUGCGGUGUGGACGCGGUGCUGGACUCGGAUCUGC